AUGGAUGCGUUGACGACCAGCACCAUACCUUCCGCGUUGGCGGCGGCGGGUUGCCUGCAGCAUUCCAUGGUGCGCGUGGGAUUAACAAACGGCAUGGUUUUGACGGGACGCAUUGUUGAGUUUGAUGCUGUAACAAUGAAUAUGAAACUUGAUGCCAUUACUGACAUGGCGGUUUUACAUCCUGCUGCGGGUGAGGGGUGUGGGGACUCCGCAUAUGAAACGAACCCGGCUGCGUUGCGGUGCUGCAAUAGCGUUGUUGUGCGUGGUUGCCAUCUGCGCUACAUGGACUUUAUUGAUGAGGAGUCGGACAAUGGGCGAGGAUUGCAGGAAUUAAUUACCGCAGUUCGUGUUGUAAAACCUUCCGUACCUCAGGAUUGA